GGCGUGACGUCAGCGGCCGUCGUGCGGGGAUUGGAAUGCAACGCCGAGAUAAACGGAGCUACUGGAGCACAUUCACAUUUACACACGGUGCGGAGUUCAGGGACGGGCUUUUGGCGGAGUUUUAACGUUUCUGUUCGGCUCCGGAACAUGUCUCAGACUGUAAGGACGAGUUAAGGUCUGUAAGUUUACUUCGAGACGCGGAAAGCCGCGCGGUUUGUAGAGGCGAGUGAGUAACGUUAGCCGUGUGUGCUUCAGUAACUAACCCGUAACGUUACUGAGUCUUGUUUCCAGGCGUGUGUAGAAAUGCAGGGAUUUGUACGCUUCGUACACUCGCCAGUGAAAACGGCGACGAUAUAAACGUGGACGUUGAUAUGUCGUUGCUCGGAGGUAAAUGACAAAGAUAGUAGAGGAUUAAACGUUGCCUCGGCGUUUUCGACGGUGUUAGUUUCCAUCGCCCGGCCCGCGAGAAGAACGAAUGAGUCCGUUGAGAAACGUUAAGACCACGACGAAGCUGCUCUGAGGUAACUUAACGCUUAGUUUCUUCCAAAACUGUCUGCUGAGAGACUCUGUUAGCGAGGUUAGAGCACAGACACGUCUUAGGAAGUCUUCACAAGAAGGACUGACAUACUGAGGUCGAAGUCCACUGGAGUGGCUCUUCUUGCUCUUGCUUGGUCCUUUUUUAAAGCCUGAAGCUACAUGUUCAAGUGGGGAGAGGUGAGUUAGAUGGUCCCUAAAAGUCGCCCACAUGCCCUGGAUUUGGGAACGGACUUGGAAGAAGAAGAAGGAGGACAACGUGAAAAAUCCCUUGAAGGCUGGAGGAAGAUGGCUGUGCUGCCCGGCUCGGGUCGGUGAGCCCCAAACUUGGUGGCCAGUUGUUUUUCUCGGCCAAGCCCGCGGAGCCGGACCGGAGGACACAUGCAGGCCAAAAAGCGCUACCUGAUUCUGGUCUCCGCCGGUGCCUGUCUCGUUUUGCUGCUCUUCUUUGGUGGGCUGCCAGUGCCGGCUUCCAGGAGGAGCCAGAUCCAGCGUGAUGGGCACCGACCCGGCCCCCGCUGGCCCCACUUUUUGGAGCGCUUGCUGCCUUUCGUUCCAUGGGAUCAGACGGAAAGUGAGGGUUACAGCGCUCACAUGUCACCAAGGCAGAAGAGGGAUGCCAGCACGGGCCUUAAUCAGGGGAGGCGCUGCCGGAUGGACUCAUGUUUUGACUUUUCUUUGUGCGCAAAGAACGGUUUCAAAGUUUACGUGUAUCCCCAGCAGAAGGGGGACAAAAUCUCAGAGACUUACCAGAGCAUCUUGGCUUCAAUCGAGGGCUCCAGGUUCUACACGUCUGACCCGGGGCAGGCGUGCUUGUUCGUGUUGAGCCUGGACACCCUUGACCGGGACCAGCUGUCGCCUCAGUAUGUGCACAAUUUGAAGGCGAAGGUCCAAAGCUUGAGUCUUUGGAACGGCGGCCGGAAUCACCUCAUAUUCAACCUCUACUCGGGGACCUGGCCAGACUACACGGAGGACUUGGGUUUUGACAUUGGUCAGGCCAUGCUGGCCAAGGCCAGCAUCAGCGUGGAGAACUUUAGGCCUAACUUUGAUGUGUCCAUUCCUCUGUUUUCUAAAGACCACCCAAGAACCGGAGGGGAGAGGGGGUUCUUAAAGUACAACUCCAUUCCCCCCUUUAGGAAAUACAUGCUGGUGUUUAAGGGCAAGCGAUAUCUGACUGGCAUCGGGUCGGACACGAGGAACGCUCUGCACCACGUACACAACUCGGAGGAUGUGGUUCUGCUCACCACCUGCAAGCAUGGCAAAGACUGGCAGAAACAUAAGGAUGCACGUUGUGACGCGGACAACGCCGAAUAUGACAGGUAUGAAUACAAAGAAAUGCUGCACAACUCCACUUUCUGUCUGGUGCCUAGAGGACGCCGCCUGGGCUCCUUCCGCUUCCUAGAGGCCCUGCAGGCUGCAUGUAUUCCUGUCAUGCUCAGUAAUGGCUGGGAGCUUCCCUUCUCGGAGGUCAUCGACUGGAACACUGCUGCUGUCAUUGGGGAUGAGAGGCUGCUUCUGCAGAUCCCCUCCACCACCCGCUCCAUCCACCAGGACAAAAUCCUGUCUCUCCGGCAGCAGACGCAGUUCCUGUGGGAGGCCUACUUCUCCUCUGUGGAAAAGAUCGUGCUCACUACACUGGAGAUCAUCCAUGACCGGGUGUUGCAGCACAUGGGACGCAGCAGUCUAAUGUGGAACAACCAUCCCGGUGGUCUCUUCACCUUACCGCAGUACUCCUCCUACUUGGGCCACUUCCCUUUCUACUACACUUCACUUGGUGUCAGACCGUACGCCAGGUUCACGGCAGUCAUCCAUGCAGUAACACCCCUGGUGUCCCAGUCUCAACCCAUCCUGAAACUGCUAGUGGCUGUGGCCAAAUCACCGUUCUGUGCCCAGAUCAUUGUCCUGUGGAACUGUGACAAGCCUCUUCCUGCGAAGCACCGCUGGCCUGCCACAUCUCAACCCAUCAUUGUCAUUGAGGGAGAAAGUAAGGUGAUGAGCAGCCGCUUCUUGCCAUACAGCAGCAUAUUAACAGACGCUGUGCUGAGUCUGGAUGAGGACACUGUGCUCUCAACCACUGAGGUGGAUUUUGCCUUCACUGUUUGGCAAAGUUUUCCUGAGAGGAUCGUGGGCUACCCGGCUAGGAGCCAUUUUUGGGACGCUAACAAGGAACGGUGGGGCUACACGUCUAAGUGGACCAACGACUAUUCAAUGGUGCUGACUGGAGCUGCUUUCUACCACAGAUAUUACAACUACUUGUAUACAAAUUACCUGCCAGCCAGCUUGAAGAGCAUGGUUGACCAGCUAUCAAACUGUGAAGAUAUCCUCAUGAACUUCCUAGUGUCUGCUGUCACCAAGAUGCCUCCCAUCAAGGUCACUCAGAAGAAGCAGUAUAAGGAGACCAUGAUGGGACAGACAACGAGAGCCUCUCGCUGGGCGGACCCUGACCAUUUCGCCCAGCGGCAGACUUGCAUGAACAAAUUUGCCAGCUGGUUUGGCACCAUGCCUCUGGUCCACUCCCAGAUGAGGCUGGACCCGAUUCUGUUCAAGGACCAGGUGUCUAUACUGCGCAAGAAGUACAGAGACAUUGAGAGACUCUAACGAACCUGAGCCACCUCUUCCGCCAAAACUGGAAGGGGCAAACGUAACGGCAGAGCCCCCCGGAGUCUCGGACUACACAGGGGACAAACGGGGGCAGUGAAACCCUCAGGAAGCGAGCCAGCCAGGAGCAGCCGUUUGGGUGGGAAAGCAAGCCAGGCAGGAGUGGGAAGGGGACGGGAAAAGAAAGGAGAGCGCAUUGUGCUUAAUGAAGUCCUCACUGUCAGAAAACAAACAAGCAUCAUUAACAUUCGAAAUGUAUCUGAUUCAAAAUCAGCCCAAACCAAAAUGAGUGCACAUUUGUUCUACACUACUGCAGGUUUUAGUUUUUUGACAGGUGGAUGAAGCAAGCCUCUCCUACAGAGCUACACUGUCACAGUGCCUGACCGUUCAGAGUAGAGUGCGUCUGGGAGUCCGAAGGGGUUUGGCGCGAAUGCAGAAACCCCUUGGUCAUGCUGCUUGUGUUUUGGUAAUAUAAAUAACAUGGAAGAGUUUCUCAGAUUUGCCCAAAGUUAUUUUUUUGUUUUUUUGUUUUUUUUUCCUCUCAUCUCUAGUGGUCUUUUAUUGGGAUAUGUUCUGAAUGUU